GGCGACGUCAGAAAAGUCAAUGUGGGAGAAGGAAGGAAGGUGAAUGGCCACAAUUCAGCGAUGCAAUGGCUGCAGCCUCAAUGUGGGCCGCCAAGGUUGAAGAGCAGGCUUGAACCUUAUCUUUCAGUCAUUGUGGUUGGAGGGUGUCCUCAAAGGGGUUUCGCAGCCGAGGGGAUGCACAAGUGUAGGUCAUUGCUCAGAUCUUGAUUUCGUGCUUACAUUGAUUGGGGCAGGAAGCGACAGACUGCUGGUAGACAGUCGACACAUUUAAUCUCUUCUUUCAUUCUUACUUUGGGUUGAAAGGUUGCACUAUAGAAUAGGAUAGGAAAGCUUUCAGUGUAGCCCCAUUCUGCACCGCAGAAAUGAGUGAUUGAAGAGCCAUCGGCACCCUUUUGAGGCCCAUUGUACACAUUUUUUUGACCACUCAGCGGUCUGAGUUGUGAGAAUGGCGACGCCUAGCUUUGCUGUUGCAGUGAGUGACCCUGUCUUGGCUGGCAGAUUUACGCAGGGUGAACUGAGGCAGCACCGUGCGCAGUUUGACGCCGCCGACAAGUUUCAAAAGAAUCUUCUCUCCCCCGAGCAACUGGAGGCUGCUCUAUCCAAGCACAACAUCACAGCAUCACUAGAGGAAGCAUCGAAGCUUGUUGAGAAGUUUGACGCAACGUCGAAGGGAGGUGUUGACUUUGAAGGUUUCCUGAAGGUGCAUCUGGCAAUCCAGGAUGGUGUACUCAGUGGUUCGAGCCCGAAGAAGAGCUCUGGUUUGAACAAGGCCUUCAUCCGGUCAACGAGCACAACAUAUACCCAUCAAGUAGAGGACUCUGAGAAGCAGGCCUACGUGGACCACAUCAACCUGUGGCUCAAGGAUGACCCCGUCGUCGGCACCCGCCUCCCUCUCAACGCCGCCACCGACGAGCUCUGGGAAGCGGUGAAGGACGGUCUCCUGCUGUGCAAGCUGAUCAACGUCGCGGUCAAGGGCACGAUCGACGAGCGCGUGUUGAACGUCAAGGAGAAGCUGAACGCGUGGGAGAAGAAUGAGAACCAGACGCUGUGCAUCAACUCUGCAAAGGCGAUCGGGUGCUCGGUUGUCAACAUCGGAGCGGGGGACCUGGUGGAGGCGAAGCCGCACUUGGUGCUGGGGCUCAUCUCGCAGAUCGUCAAGAUCCAGCUGCUGUCGAACGUGAGCGUGAAGAAGAUGCCCGAGCUAGCGGAGCUGCUGGACAACGAGGAAGAGUUCGACGAGCUGUGCCGGCUGCCGGCGGAAAAGAUUUUGCUGCGCUGGUUCAACUUCCACCUCAAGCGCUCCGGCUACAAGAAGGAGGUCACCAACUUCGGCGCCGAUAUUAAGGACGGCGAGGCGUACACGGUUCUCCUCCACGCGCUGGCCCCCGAGGUGUGCGACCUGUCCCCGCUGAAAGCGGCAACGACCGAGGAGCGCGCGCGGCUGCUGCUGCUGCAGGCGGAGAAGCUGGACGUGCGCAAGUACGUGCAGGCGCGGGACAUCGUGGAGGGGCACCAGAACCUCAACCUCGCCUUCGUGGCCAACCUCUUCCACACCAGGAGCGGCCUGAGCCUGGAGAACAGCAAGGUCACGUUCGCGGAGAUGCUCCCCGACGACGAGACCGACUCGCGCGAGGAGCGCGCGUUCCGGAUGUGGAUCAACAGCCUGGGCAUCGAAACGUACGUGAACCAGGUGUUCGACGAUCUGCGGGACGGGUACGUACUGCUGGAAAUGCUGAACAAGGUGGAGCCCGGGGUGGUUAACUUCAAGCGGGUUAGCAAACCCCCGAUCAAGAUGCCGUUCAAGAAGGUGGAGAACUGCAACUACGCGGUGGAGAUCGGCAAGGGCUGGGGCUUCUCGCUGGUCAACGUCAGCGGGAACGACUUCGUGCAGGGGAACAAGAAGCUCAUCCUGGCGUUCUUGUGGCAGCUGAUGCGGCACAGCCUGCUGCUGAUGCUGAAGAAGCUCAAGGUCCAGGGCAAGGAGGUGAGCGACGCGGAGAUCGUGGCGUGGGCCAACGACAAGGUCAAGACGACGGGCAAGGCGUCCAAGAUGGACAGCUUCCGGGACAAGAGCCUGUCCAGCGGGCAGUUCUUCCUGGACCUCCUGAGCGCCAUCGAGCCGCGGGUGGUCAACUGGUACCUCGUCACCGCCGGGCAGACGCAAGAGGACAAGGAGUCGAACGCCAAGUACAUCGUCAGCGUCGCGCGGAAGCUGGGGUGCUCCAUCUUCCUGCUCUGGGAUGACAUUGUGGAGGUGCGGCCCAAGAUGAUCAUGACUUUGACAGCAAGCAUCAUGCAAGUUAGCAUGAAGAAAAAGGGGAUGGCCUCGCUUGAGUCGUCUUGAAUCUGAAUCCAGAUUGGUGCAAAAUUCAACGCGCAGCCAAGGGUUAUAUCUCAAAGUAUGUUGUAGUGUAUUGAUCUAGCCUGACCCGUUGCAGAAAUGCAUAUUGAUGUGUAGAGAGGUUCGAGAUGUUGCGCUGUCUAGUGAGUUUGUGCACAUUACUGGGUCGUCGAAGAUAUCUUACAAUUAGCGGCCAUCAUAGUCAAAAAAGCUAUUCUUUGGGGCGUGCAAUCCUCAAGCUCUAGCGCCAGUAUAAAGCCGUUCAGGGCUAGGGCGCUUUCCGAACACAAGCCAGUAAGUUGCACCCAUCAGGUUCACGCCUAUUUUGGAUCUCGCAACCACCUUUCAAUCCUGCAUGAGGCUGCUCACGCGCGCUGACUCACAAAUAAAAGUGACAAACUCAGAUUACGUGAAGACAAACUCACUGUCCGACUCCGCCUAAACUACUAGCUUGCCAAUUAGAGACAUGUCAACUUAAGAGUGCGAGGCUUAGUAAUUCUGGUCGGAUGCAUUGAGCGUCGGUACAGCU